AUGGCACCCAAACGCAGAUCAAGCGCAUCGUCCUCUGAACAAAGACAACUCAAAUCCCAGAAACGAUCGUCUGGAUCCACUGGUGAAGACGUUGCUGAACACGUCGAAAUUGUCAAAAAGGUCGAAGCCGUUGUCAUUCCCAAGUUGGAGCUUUCUAAUAUUGCAACAAGCACAUCACAACCAAAGAGUGCCGUGUCAGCUCGACGUUCAUAUAAGCAACAGCAGCAACUACUUCAACAAAGUGAGGAGGACCAAGAGGAGACAACAGACGAGGAACAAGUUGAAGUCCUAGUCGAAGUCGAGGAUAUAGACGAUAUAGAAGAGGAAAGCGACAAUGAAGGGGUCGACAAUGAAGAUGACGAUAAAGACGAGGAAAACGACAAUGAAGAGGUCGACGAUGAAGAGGACGAUAAAGAAGACAACGAUGAUGAAGACGACGACGAUGAAGAAGAGGACGAUGAAGAUGAUAACGAAGAGGAUGACAAUGAGGACGACCAAAAACAGACUUCUCAACAAAAGUUGGCCGUGGACUCAAGUAAUUCUCGACAACAUGAUGAUGAACAAGAUGAUGACACAUAUCACUCGGCACUACCUAUGAGUGCAUUGGCUGCACGACGCUUAGCUCGACAACGCCAAGCUGAACAACAACGACUAGAUGGCACGGAUGAUCAAGAGCAGGAUGAUAGCAACUUGGAAUCAACGCCUCAAUUGGACAUGGAUGUUAGUGAAGGAUCUCCAGCGACUGAUAAUGAGCCAACAGCAGUUGUUUCCAUGCGACAAGAAAAACCUGCCCGAUCUAAAAAGCGAGUCAAGAAUCAACCCAAGCAAAAAAGGCAAAAGAAAAUUGGGCCCAUUGACGAACGAGCGAUCUCGAUAUUCAAUCCAUGUUCAGCGAAUGUGUCAACGUUUAACAACAAUGGUGAGCAGUAUUUAGCCAUUGGGUUGCAGGAGAACGAGUCCAUUGUCUUUGUUGGUAAAGCUCUUAUCGCUGUUUAUCGUGGUGCGAUUUCGAUCAUGGGCGCUACCUUGACGGCAGACAAGGAAUGUCUUGUUUUUCAUCCUGUAUUCGCUUUCAAAUCACAUGCACUUCCUCGUAUAGAACCAACAACACAAACCAGCAACGUUUCAACUAGAACAACUGAUAUUCAUGAGGAUCGCCAGCCUUUUGUGAACGCGUUUGGAAGGCUUGAACAUUUUGCAGCUGUGAUUGUGAUCAAGAGUUUGGAAUGGUGCGGCUUUGAUGAUGUGGAUGGAGUAUUCUCUCAUGCAAAGGAUAUGACUGGAAUCGAAGGAUACAAAGGACAUCAUUUAAUGUCUGGCAUUGCUGGAUUUUAUCCGAUAUUGGAACCCACACCAGGAAUCAAAGUGCUCGAUAUACCCAGUACUUGGAGGGAAAAUGCAAACGUUGCUAUCCAAGAUGAAAAAGAGCGUGGAUCACCCCUUGUAUCCAUUGUAUGCGGCACAAAGGACAGCGGGAAAUCAACAUUCAAUCGGUAUCUCGUGAAUAGGCUUUUGAAUAGUCACAAGCGAGUUGCAUACUUGGAAACGGAUGUUGGUCAAACCGAAUUCACCCCAUCAGGCAUCAUUGCACUUCAUGUACUCGAAUCACCCAUUCUUGGUCCACCUUGUACACACCAGCACAUUGCAUCCAAACGAUCUCACUAUUUUGGUGCAGCAACUGCACGAGAUGAUCCCAACUAUUAUAUGCGGAUAGCGCGACAGCUGACGAGCACUUGGCAGCAGGAUUACAAUGAGCAACCAGAAAUCGAGCUGAUAGAUCAAGUACCUUUAGUGGUCAACACACAUGGAUGGGUCAAAGGAUUGGGUUAUGAUUUGCUCAUUGGUAUUAUCGAUAUGGUGGGACCAACCAAUGUAUUCGCCACUCAAGGACCAACACCAUCCUUUCCACCUACUUUUGCUACCGACAUUUUACCUCCACCUGAUGGAAACAUUCAACCAAAGUUACACUAUAUUGAAAAUACUGUUCGAGGAUCCCGUGUUGUCAGCAAGUAUCAUGCAGCGGAUUUACGGGCGUUGGCUUUUAUCUCUUACAUGUACCAAGAUUUGACCCACUUUGGACAACCUAAUAAGCCAUGGUGGAAUUUCAAGACAUCUCUAGUGGAACGAUUACCUUGGUCAUUAGAUUGGCGAACUGGAUUAGACACUGGUAUCUGGAUCUUAUCUCAAGACAUCAAGUUGAAUCACCUUUUGUAUGCAUUGAAUGUCAGCAUUGUGGCCUUAAUAAGCUCGGAUCCACCAUCAGACGACGAUAAUGAUGCACAAGUCCAAGACAUGGACCAAGACUCCUCCCAUUCAAAUGUAGAAGAGGAAACAAAGAGCAAUAUUACCCCGCCAAAGUACUUGCCAGCUUCUGAAUAUCCUCCACCUGAUCCCGAAUACACCCAUUGUCGUGGUCUUGCCAUUGUGCGUGCUAUUGAUUCAUCAGAGCAUUCUUUGUUAAUGUUAACACCCGAGGUGCGAUCCACAUUGAACGAAGUAUCAGGAUUGGUCAAAGGCAGCAUGGACAUACCAUCAUCUUGUAUGCUGGAUAGAAAUCAAGGACGAGGAACAGGCAUUGCAGGUGUACCAUGGCGGCAGGUGCCAUAUAUGACCGAAGAUGCAAUUGCAGGCGCCGGUGGAAGCGCGAUGAGAAUCCGACGCAUCAACAAACGAGCUGGAUAA